GUACAUUGCAGAACAAAUCCAUAGUCCCGAGUUGUUGAUAUAUCUAUUAAAUUAAGACAUCCAACAAAAUGGUGAAGUCCAGUUUCCUAUUUGGUCUAGUAGUCCUGGCGGUGGUAUGCCCUGGCCAAACCGCUCCGAGAAGAAGAUCUCGUGCUGCUGCCCUCCCUACGGAAGAGACAACUGAAGCACCCAUCCGUCAGAGCAAGCUUGAAGAGAAAUACAAAGAAGAAAUCACAACUAGCGCCCCAGAAUCAACGCAUAGAAGGAAUAAAGCACUAAACUUAUUUGGCUACUUCCCUCCUUACAUGUCUUCUGGCCUUGAUUACGCGGACGAUGAUGAUGAUGACGUCACCUUCGCAGUAAACGAUGAUAACUUUAGCGGUGAAGAUUUAUCUAGAACCAUACCGUCUACACGAAGACAGCAAAACAAGAAGAAAAAUGGCAAUGGAAACCUCUACCAAAAUGAUAAUUUGAACUCUCUACAAUACGAUAAUUCACCCAUUUUCUAUAUUAGAUUACCCCCUACACCUUACAUGUUUGUUCCUGGUUUGGGUUAUGUAUCGCAACCACCUUCUCUUGGUCCCCCUAUGUCCCCACUUAUGCCUCAAGGUGUUCCUCAAGUAGCUGAUCCGUUUAUCAAUCUGCCUCUAGACUUCGUAUCAAAUGGGAAACCAACUGGCGUGUACCAGUGGAGCGGCGCUGGCUAUCCCCAGGUUCCUCAAAUGGGAUCCGUGGAUCCCUUUGGCUAUGGUGCACCGCAACCUAUCAUACCCGCACCGAGACCGACCUACAACCCUCCAGCAUAUCCCAAACCGAAACCGACGCCAAGCAAUUCUAAGGUCACCAAUCUUAAAGGCCCAUAUGUAUUCAAUGGAAAGCCAGCCGAUAACGUCUAUGUACUAAGGGACACUUACAAUUCUAUAUACUCAGAUGCUCUUCAAAAUUUCUAUCCUUAAAAUGUAAUUGGAGAUAAUAGGUUAUAAUUUGAUGGCUCGUAUCGAGCCUAUGUUUUUUAGAAAAACAAUUUUGAUUAUUUUCAAUGGUGCAAUCAAUUUAUUGACCUUAUAUUUUUAAUUUUUUAACAUAUGGACUGUAUCUUAUUUUUGAAUUUAACGGACCGAAUAUUUCUUCAAGGAAAAGAAUUCAACGAGAUUUGUUAAAAUAUCACAACAAACUUUAAACUUGUUUCCUCCACUAAGGCCGUGAGAUGAUUGAUUGAUUAAUAUAAUUAAUUUAAGUAAUUAAUUAGUAAUUUUUCCUUAACUAUA